GGGUGUCUUCUGUUUCGAACAUUCUUGAAAGGUGAAUUCAGCGAUGAGAAUGUGGACUUUUGGUUGGAAUGUGAAGAGUUUAAGAAAAUGAAAGAAGGCAAAAAGACCACUGUGCAACGAGCACACGCCAUUUUCAAUGAAUACAUCGUCGAGCAAUCUCCUAAAGAGGUACAAUUUUUAACGAAUUCUAAUUUAGAAGUUUUGGAAUUUAGGUCAUGGAAUGUGUUGAAAUUUGACACCAAACAUCUUAUCGUUACGCGUAUCGUGACUUCAGGUGAAUCUCGACAGUGA